AUGGCCCCGAUGCAGCCACCACAGGAUGACCUGGACAGGCGGAAGGUUGUCGGCAUCAACCCCGAAACCGUGACGAACAUUACAUCGACCGAUUUUCCAGGCCACCAUGCCGGCGAAGACAAUUCCUGGUCUCUCUCAAAUUUCAAGCAGAAUUUGAAAGUCCACUUUCAUGAGAAUGAAAAGGAUGAAGCCAUCUUUUCUCUUGUCGGCGUUGAUGCCUCCAUCGCGAACGCAUUUCGUCGUAUCCUCAUCGCAGAAGUCCCCACCCUAGCCAUCGAAAAAGUCUACGUGCAGAACAACACUUCGGUCAUUGCAGACGAGGUGCUGGCGCACCGACUGGGCCUCAUCCCUCUGAAGGGCCGUAUCGAAGGCCUCAAAUGGCUAAAGUGGUUCUUCGAGCCAAAUCCAGACCUUGGGUUCGAGGGCGUGGGACGAACCGACUACAACACUGUCGUGCUAAGUUUGAAUGUCAAAUGCGAACGCAAUCCACACGCGGACAAAAAUGCGACAGAGCCGGAGGAGAAGUAUAUCAACAGCAGCGUCUACUCGCGGCAUAUCAAAUGGGCGGUCCAAGGCUCCCAAGAAGAACAGUUCCGAGACGGCCCCAUCGAGCCAGUCAGUCCGGAUAUCUUGAUCGCAAAGUUACGACCAGGCCAAGAAAUUGACAUAAUCAUGCAUGCGCAUCUCGGAAAAGGAGGUGACCAUGCAAAAUUCAGCCCCGUCGCAACUGCGACGUAUCGACUGCUCCCGACCAUCACCAUCACCAAACCGAUUCUUGGGGCCGACGCCAGAAAAUUCCAAAAAUGUUUCCCGCCCGGCGUUAUUGACCUUGAGCGUGUUACCCCGUCCGACGCUGCAUCCGACGAGUCCGUCUACCAUGGCCGUGAGGGUGACGAGAAGGCAGUUGUCAAGGAUCCCAUGCGGGACACAGUUUCGCGAGAGUGCCUCCGACACGAGGAGUUCCGGGACAAAGUCAAGCUAGGUCGAGUGCAAGACCACUUCAUCUUCAACGUUGAAAGUACGGGACAGUUUCCUAGUGAUAUGCUUUUCUUGGAGAGCGUCAAUGUCCUAAAAUACAAGGCCAAGAGGCUACUCCAGGCGCUUGAUGAGAUGGAGAAGUAA